AUGUGCCGCAGUUAUUAUUUCUCCACCCCUGUGUGGCUCUUUCUUCUAUGUCAAGGAAAGUCUAUUUUGUGUCAAAAAAGCACUGACUAUCCAGUCACAUCAUCCCUCCCUGGAUUUGGGAACCUCACUAAGGGAUAUAACAGAUAUCUCCGCCCAAAUUUUGGUGGAAAACCUGUGACAAUAGCAAUGACCCUUGAUGUUGCAAGUAUUUCCAGCAUUUCAGAAAGUGAUAUGGACUACACUGCAACAAUAUAUUUGCGACAACGCUGGACUGAUCCCCGUCUGGUUUUUCAGGGCAACCGAAGUUUUACUCUGGACGCCCGGCUGGUGAAAUACCUGUGGGUACCUGACACAUAUAUUGUGGAGUCCAAAAGGUCUUUCUUACAUGAAGUUACAGUAGAGAAUCGGCUUAUACGGUUGUUCUCCAACGGGACAGUCUUAUACGCUUUGCGAAUCACUACCACUGUUGCUUGUAACAUGGAUCUGUCCAAAUAUCCACUGGAUACACAGACAUGUAAGCUGCAGAUGGAAAGCUGGGGAUAUGAUGAAAAUGAUGUACAUUUCAUGUGGCUGAGGGGAAAUGAUUCUGUCCAUGGCCUUGAGAAUCUGCGACUCUCCCAGUACACAGUGGAACAUUUUUACACCCUUGAAACCAGGUCACAUCAAGAAACAGGCAUUUAUCCAAGAUUGGUACUGCAAUUUGAGCUCAAGAGAAAUAUCCUUUAUUUUAUUCUGGAGACUUAUGUGCCAAGCACUCUGCUUGUCAUUUUGUCUUGGGUUUCUUUCUGGAUCACCCUGGAUUCAGUUCCUGCAAGAACAUGUAUUGGUGUAACCACAGUUCUGUCAAUGACAACUUUGAUGAUGGGGUCCCGAAAGUCAAUAACAAAUGCCAGUGGUUUCAUAAAAGCCAUUGACGUUUACCUGGGCAUCUGCUUCAGCUUUAUAUUUGGUGCUUUGGUGGAAUAUGCAGUAGCGCAUUAUAUCACAUCACAGAUACGUGCAGCUAAUGAGACCCAGAAGAAUGCUGCAAAAGAUGCCACCAGAGAAACUGAAGAUAAAACCACCACCAAUAUCCUCAAUACUUCAGUCACUGCCAGCUUCAAUCAAAAAAUAAACUUUGCCUCUAUUGAUAAUGCCUUUUGCAGCAACUUAACCUUGAGCCCAAAGGAUAAAAUUCAGUACAUCUUGAAGAACAAAGUGCAGAAAAUCUUCAGCUAUUUCACAAUUCAAAAUCCAAGCAAAAUUGAUUGCUAUUCAAAAUGGUUAUUUCCUUUUUUUUUCGUAUUAGUCAAUCUGUUCUACUGGGGCUAUUACUUGAUUUUCUAG